AUGGGCCUAAUGCUGCUGGCCUGUGCAUUUCUCUACCUCCUGAGGUCAGGCCCCACAGAGGCUGGGGUGACUCAGUUCCCGAGACACCGCAUCGCUAAACGUGGGGAGAUGUUGACAGUAGACUGCAUGCAGGACCUCAACCACGACGCUAUGUACUGGUACCGGCAGGACCCAGGCCAGGGCCUGCGACUUCUCCACUACUCCAUCAAUGUGAACUCUAAAGAGAAGGGGGAACUCCCCAACGGGUAUCAGGUGUCCCGAGAAAAGAAGGGGAGCUUCCCGCUGACCCUGGAGUCAGCCCUGCCCAACCAGACCUCGCUGUACCUCUGUGCCAGCAAACAAGACUCUCCUGGGCAGCAGUACUUUGGAGAGGGGACACGGAUCUCCGUCCUUGAGGACCUGAACAAGGUGGAACCACCCAAGGUGACCGUGUUUGAGCCCUCGGAGGCAGAGGUCAACCGAACCCAGAAGGCCACGCUCGUGUGCCUGGCCACCGGUUUCUACCCCGACCACGUGGAGCUCAGCUGGUGGGUGAAUGGCAAGGAGGCCCGCAGCGGGGUCAGCACGGACCCCAACCCCAAGUUGGAACAUCCCAAUGACCAGAACUCCAAGUACUGCCUGAGCAGCCGGCUGAGGGUGGCGGCCACCUUCUGGCACAACCCGCGCAACCACUUCCGCUGCCAGGUCCAGUUCUACGGGCUCUCGGAGGACGACGAGUGGACCCAGUCAGCCAGGGCCAAGCCCAUCACCCAGAACGUCAGUGCGGAGGCCUGGGGCCGUGCAGACUGUGGCCUCACUGCGGUGUCCUACCAACAGGGCAUCCUGUCAGCCACUGUCCUGUACGAAGUCCUGCUGGGGAAAGCGGCCCUAUACGCCGUGCUGGUCAGCACCCUUGUGCUGGUGACCAUGUCUCCUCAUCCCCCAACCGCAGCAUUGGUCUUCACCUUCCUGUCAACCCCCUACCCACAAGUACAAACACACCGGACACUGAUGGCCAAGACUCCCCUCAUCAGGGGCCCGGAACCCCAAUGA